GCAGCCUCAUGUGGGCAUCAGUAUCUGUUUACCCAUCAUUGCAACAACACAGGAACAGUCAUAGGCACAAUAAUGAAUUUGAUCGUAAUAGCCGCCGUGAUAGCGGUUUGCGGUGCUGCAAAGCUCGACCGCACGUACCUCCCACCAGCAUCAGCGAAGACCGCUGGAGGAAGCCCAGGUUCCCUUCAGACUCCUUUCUCUGGCAACUCCUUCAACAACGGCCUUGGAGGCCUUCCGAAAGGAAGCUUCGAGAAUGACUUCCAAGGAGUAGUCGUUGAUGCAGCAGUCGCAGGCACCAGGGGUUCGGAAUCCUUUGGGACCGGUCUUGGAGCUCCAAGGAUCUCGUACGGCUCAACGAAUUCUAAAGUAGGUGAUGCUGCGUUCAAAACUGGGCCAGCUGCGUUCCGCCAACCCGAUUCUGAUGGGCAGACUGCUAAUUACCAAGGAUCUCAGCAAUCUUCAGCCUCGAACUUCCAAGGUUCUCUGGAGCCCUCAGGUCCUGAACGCCCAAGAGCCGCUUUAGACCGCGCUGCAAGCAUCCUGAGGUACGAAAGCGAAGUCGGACCUGAGAAUUUCCACUACGCCUUUGAGACUGACAAUGGGAUUAUCGCUGAAGAGAAUGGAGUAGCCACUAAUGGAAUCCAGGCUCAGGGAGGGUUUUCUUACACUGGUGAUGAUGGCCAGGUUUACAGCGUGUCGUAUACUGCUGACGAGGGAGGGUACCAGCCUAAAGGGGACCACCUGCCUACUCCCCCUCCUAUUCCCGAAGAGAUCUUGAAGUCUUUGGAGCAGAACGCUCGGGAAGAAGCAGCUGGGCUUGUCGAUGAUGGCUCGUAUGACGCGCAGAAGUACAAUGUGGGAAGCGAUUACACUGAGAAUGACAGCACAAAUGGCAAAUAUACCCAUCAGUCUUCCAAAUUUGGCGGCUCUGACGCGGAUGCGACAGCUAGCGGUACUUUCAUCAGUCAGAACAACCAGCAGUUUGAGAAACUUACCGGUGGACAAGCCGCCUUCAAUGCCCAGGACGGACAAGGGUCAAGUUUGACUGGCCAGAAUGGCCGACCUUCUCUAGGGAAUAGAUUUUCUGGACAAGCAGCCUUUGGAUCUGCCUCCGAUGGUGCUUUGAAUGAACAAUCGGGACAGUCUGCGAAUGCUGGAGAAUCAGGUCAAGAUGACAAGGCUUCGGCUGCGAAUCAAGGUUCAUCUUCAUUCUCUGGACAAGCAACGUUUGGAUCGCGCUUUAAUAGUGCUUCAAAACGCCCAAGCUCUCACGUUCAAUCAGGACCAUCUUCAAACGGACUUUCUGGGCAAUCGACUCAAAUUAACAUAGACUCGGACUCCGACCAAAGUUCCUUUGGGCAGAGUGGUUUUGGUUCUAGCAGUGCUUCUAAAGGACAGUCUUCAAGCGGACUUGCUGGACAAUCAGGCCAAAUUAAUGCUGCAUCAGGCUCAAACCAAGGUUCAUCAUCCGCACAAGGUGCGUUUGGUUUCGGAUCUAACGGUUCUAAAAGACCCAGUUUCACUUCGCAAUCUCAGCAGUCUCAAUUUAUUGGACAAUCAACUCAAGAAGAUGCUGCUUCAGGACAGUUUGAACAAGACAACUCUGGCUCGGCUCAAGGACAAAUCAACGCUUUUGGAUCCACAUCGGCACAAAAUGGUGCCUUUAGCCAAGGAAGUGGUUUUGGAAACAGGAAUGAAUACUUGCCUCCGAUAAACAAGCCUCAAAAUGGUAGACCUCAGUCUAAUAGGCCUCAAGCUAACAGGCCCCAAGGUGGAAAUCCCCAGACCUCUUUGGUUAGUGCUGAUAGCUCAAAUCAGAGGGGCGAAGAACCAACUAGCGAAAAAGCUGCUGGCACCUUUGUACCUCUAGGUCAGCAAGACCUUCAAAACGAAAGUCGUCCUCAAGGAUCGUUGACAUCUUUUGGCAAACCAGCAGCUAAUGCAUUCUCCACUGAAAGUAAAUUCGGGUCCUCCAACCAAAACAAACCUUCUAAUGGACGUCGUCCUUCUCCUAACAGUAACGGUUUUGCUCAGGGACAAUCUAGUCAGUCUGGGAUAGGUGCUAGACCUAAUGAGUACCUGCCACCUACGUCUAACAACCAAAACGCCAAACCUCAAACUCAGCCCCAGAGACCUAGCAAGGGUGCUUCUCAGUUUAACCAACAAUACAACGCUCAGGCUUCGAGUAGUUUCCAGGCUCCUCAAGGUAGACCACAAAGCGUUUCUGGCCCAUUACCCACUGAAUCCAGCUUCGGAUCUCAGGCUCAACAAUCUAAUGGUUUUCAAAGACAGCCUUCAAGACCCGUUCAAAAUGGUAAUCGUUUCCCAUCCCGUUUCAGUGCUACCUCUGCUCAAUCCACUUCUGGUUUCGGACUCGAUGCUCAGAAGGCAACCUCACAACCUGAUACCGAAUUGACGACUCCUUUCGAGACUAGUAAUGAUGGCUCAAUCUCUCAGGCCAACAUGCAAUUUGGUACUUCCGCUUUUGCCUCCUCAAGUUCUAGUCCUCCCGGGCGCCCAACUCAGGCUACUUUUGCUAACCAAUUUAACAGCCAAAGUACUUCAGGUUCUCAAUUCAGCUCUCGUCCUCAAGGGCCUAGCUCCCGUCCGUUUGGCCAGGCCCAGACUCCAGUUUUCCCUAGUCAGUCGUCUCAAGGACAGUUCAAUCAAAAUGCUCAGUUUGGGCAGCAGCAACAACAGCCUCAGGUUUCAUUUGCUCAGAACAAUGACGCUCAAUUCUCACCUAGUACACCGAGACCGUCUUACUCUCAACAACCCCAAGGCCCUGAUGACUCUUAUUAUUAUAAUCAGCCAUCCAAACCUUUUGGUAUUCCACAGGGAUCCAGAUUUCCUAGUGCGCCAUCUAAUCAGUUUAAUAGGGUGACACAGCAACCUUCAUUCUCCCAAAGCGCUCAGGCAUCCAGUUCUUUCCAAAGUGUUCCUUCAACCGCUAUUCCCGUUAAUCAGUUCCAAGGAUCGACCAGGCAUCCCAGACCCCCUACUUUAGCGCCAACUGCUGCUUCUGCUCAAGCCCAAACCCAGUUUUCUGGUAAUUUCCAAGGAUCAACGAGACACCCUAGACCUCCUACACUGGCACCCACUGCUCCAUCUGCAUCACAGUUUCAAGGAGCUAUUAAUGGAGUAACUCAAGCUUCAAUCUCACCUUUCCCUUCGCAAACUCCUACACAAGCUACUCAGUUCAAUGCUCAGGCACAGUUUGGAUCCCGUCCUAACUUCCAACAGUCGCAGUUUAGUCAGACUUCCCAAUCUAACUCUCCCUUCAGCCAAAAGCCUACUCAACCUUCGUUUGGACAGCAGCCUUCCACCAUGCCGGCUUUCCCUCAGAGUUUUGGAGGCAACAAUAAGUUCCAAAGCCAAUCCCAAGCGUCAGUGAACCAGAAAGAGCCACAAACCGAUGAUUCGGAGAAGCCCGUUGCUUCACCGCAGUAUUCUGGUGAAAUCUACGAAUACAACAAGCCCGCUCAGACUCUUCCUUCACCUGACAGCACACCUGCAUCUUCUACUGGACAAAAAGUUCAGAUUCAAAGCCAGUUUGGUAGCCAGCCCUCUCGACCCCAGUUUGGACAGACAAGCGAUGAAGAAGAUCAGAGACCGGCAUCGCAGUUUAAUGUUCAGUCUACAGCUCAAGUUCAAGGUGCCCGGCCUCAAUUUGGUGGUCAACCCAAACCGCAAUUUGGCCAGAACACUCAGUCUCAAAGCAACUUUGCUGCUCAGUCGCAACAGUCGACAGAUGAUAAUAAGCCCUUCGGUGCUUUAGCCCAGAGCCAGAGUACAUUUGGAGUUCAAAGCCCUCAACAGGGAUCCCGUCCUCAAUUCGGUGCUCAGCCUUCCAGGCCUCAAUUUGGCCAGACUCAAAACCAGAACAGAUUUGGUGCUCAGAGCCAGAGCUCUCAGCAACCAGAUGACGAGUCCCCUGAACCUAAUGCCCAACCUGCCUCGCAGGAGCCUAAUGCAGAGCCUGAGUCUCCUCAAGGACCUAAGAACCAGUUUGGGUUUGUUUCCCCUUGCUGUAAGCCACAGCCUUUCGGGCGCAGACCUCAGAAUCAACCGCAGGGUAGCCAGAACCAGUUUGAUCAGACUUCCUCUGCCGCUCAGAGCUUUAAACCUGAGACGAGUUUCUCAGGGAAAGGCGAAGAAUUCGAAGCAUCGCGACAGCCUCCGAGCUUCGACGAACAAACUGGAUAUCAUUAUUGAACACGUGCCAUAGUAUAAGUAAAACAGUGUAAAAUAAAAAGAACAUUAAUGAAAAUGCAAAAAAAAGUGUGAAGCAACCUAAUUUAUUGAUAAAGUUAUACGAAUGCGAAGUGAUAAAGCGUUUUGUAUGAUAAAAUGUAA